AUGAAGGCUGCGCUUUACUUCGACAACGCGGACGGGUUCGGAGAGUGGCAAAUCCUGAUAUCUACGGAGGCCUACAAACAUUUGCGUGAAUUCCGUAGAACAGAUAAGAAGACAUUCAAGAUCAUCUUCAAGAAGAUCAAACAACUAUCGAAUGGCCAUUUUUCAGAUGAUAAUCACAGGCGACUUAACGGGCCGGAUGCAGGCAUACCCAUCUACGAUGCCAAGAUGACAAAGGACCUACAACUGGUGUAUCAAAUCGAUUGUGUCCCUGACCAAGAUGGAAAGGUACUAAUCAAGAUAUACGGCAUUUAUAUGGAUGCUCAGCUUGACGGAAUAUGGGAUGCCUUGGGUAGCCAUCUCGCACGCAAGGGUAGAGAAUAUCGUAAAAGGUGUAUCUUUCGGAACAGGCCAGUCCUAUCUAAAGACAACGCGAUUCUACCUGCGUCAUUCCCACUAGCUGAACCUGAACCAGAAUGCUCAGGAGGCCCACUUAAUCUUAGUAACAAGGACAUGGACCACGUUGAGUAUGAUCAUGUAAUUGGCUCGCCACUUAUUCUCAUCUUUGCAAAAGGUCUCAUCGCAGACCAAGAUGUACAGCACGUCUUUAUGCUCACUCCCCAAGAACAAAAGAUUGUCGAGUGUACUACGUCAUGUUACGUCCUGGGUCGCAGCGGCACGGGCAAAACCACGACGAUGCUGUUUAAGAUUCUCGGCAUUCAGCGAGCUUGGGAGAUGAGUGCCAUCGACAUGCCGAAGCCACGCCAAAUCUUUGUCACCAAAUCCAGAGUACUCGCUACGAAAGUAGAAGAGUAUUUCACGAAGCUUCUCGAAUCUCUGGCGUUAGCAGGCUAUACCCUAGAGGAACUUGCAAAAAUGAAGGCACGACGUGUCCAGGAGGGCCUUGUUGAUCUCGACGAUGUGCCCGAAUCACAGAUGAAUAUACCGAUGAAAUACAGCGAACUUGAGGAUAAGCACUUUCCUCUUUUUCUCACUUUCGAUCGAGUGCAUAUCUUGAGCAGGAAAGACAGUGCAGGAGUUUUCUUCAAUGUUGACGAUGCUGACGCGCAUGACUGUUUCGUCACCUAUGACGUGUUCGCAAAUCAAUACUGGCCUCAUUUUCCACAGAAUCUCAGCAAGAAUCUCAAUCCGUGGUUGGUUUUCAGCGAAUUCAUGGGGAUCGUCAAAGGCUCCGAACACGCGCUGACCUGUCCUGAAGGAGUCCUCGAUCGCCCAAACUAUCUCCGUCUUCCUCAUCGUUCUAACCCAAAUUUUGCGAAUCAGAGGGGAAUUCUGUACGACAUGUUCGAGCAUUAUACGAAAAUAAAGAGGCAGCGACGUCAUCAUGAUGUUGCGGACCGCACGCAUGCAAUACUCAAGGUCUUGCGGAGCAAAGAAUUCCCUGGCAAACAGAUCGAUUAUCUGUAUGUCGACGAAGCACAAGACAACCUUCUGAUCGACGCACUCUUUUUGAGGCAACUAUGCAGGAAUCCAGACGGUUUGUUCUGGGCUGGGGACACCGCACAGACGAUUUCUGCAGGGAGUUCCUUUAGGUUCGAUGACCUGAAAGCGUUUCUCUACCGUGUGGAGCAGCAAAAUAUAUCGGCCAAUUCCGCUGGGGCAUGUCUUCGUCAGCCUGCGAUGUUUCAAUUGGCGAUCAACUACAGAUCGCACGGUGGUAUCGUCAACUGCGCACGUUCUGUGAUCGAGCUCAUCACAAAGUUUUGGCCCAACACAAUUGAUACACUUCGACCAGAAAUGGGGGUGGUUGACGGGCUGAAGCCCGUAUUUUUUACAGGUUGGGAUAAAGCCACCGUUCAUCAUGAGCAGUUCUUGUUUGGGACGAAGGGUGGUCACAUUGAGUUCGGAGCCGAGCAAUGCAUUCUUGUGCGUGACGAUGCAGCACGUCAGAGGUUACGCGACCAAGUUGGUGAGGUUGGACUGAUCAUGACGCUUUAUGAGAGCAAAGGCCUGGAAUUUAAUGAUGUGCUUUUGUACAACUUUUUCGAGGAUUCUGCUGUAGAUCUGUCACGAUGGCGCGUAGUUCUCAAUGGGGUAGAUGGUCAAGGAUAUGCACCGAACUUCGAUCGAGACGAAGCGCGAUACGCUGGGCUCAAAAUUCUUUAUGUGGGAAUCACUCGAGCAAGGAAGAACAUAUGGAUCGUUGACAAAUCUGACAGAUCAGAGCCGAUGCGUAUAUUCUGGACGUCUCGCAACCAGGUCCGGAAUUGUACCCCCGGCACGGAAGUCCCUCAUCUAGCCGUCUCCUCGACUCCAGAAGAAUGGGCCUCCUUCGGGCGCUCACUAUUCUCGCACAAGCGCUACUCGCAGGCUAUCCACUGCUUCGAACGUGCCAACCUUCAUCGUGAAGUGAAGGUCUGUGAAGCAUAUCAACUCCGAGAAGCCGCACGUUCUAGUGUCGGAGUGGCCUUACUCAGCAACCAAAAAAGAGCUUUUAACGUGGCUGCCGAUGCCUUUACUGAUUGUGGGGCGACCGCGACAGGAAAUCAGAAGCUCCAAUACUAUCGUAACUCAGCGGAUUGCUACGUUCGAGCAGGAGAUGAUCUUAAAGCUGCUGAGGCCUAUCUCAGUGCUCAAGAGUUCGAGCAAGCGGCGAAGAGGUAUCGCAAGGUUGGACGGUUUGACAAGACCCUUCAUGUCCUUAAUGACCAUGGCAUGGAUAUACCUGAAGAGACCACGGCGGAGUUAUGGACUGUGUGCAGACUCUUUUACUGCAGCAGGACCACUCGGCCCCCCUUGCCCCUCUUCUCGACAUUUGAGGAGGAACUCGAAUUUAUGGAGAACUAUGAUCUCGAUUACGUUCGUGCCUCACUGCUUGAAUCUCACUCGAGGUAUUAUGAGGCCGCAGAACUCCACUUGUCAGAGAAUAGGCCCUUGGAAGCUGUCCGGGCAUUCAUCAAGGACGAAAGCAACGUCGAUUCUACCAUUCGUGCGGCCGAUACUAUGUUGGAAUACUUCUGGCGCAAAUGCUCCUUUAGGAUCACUGUGAAAUCCAUUGCUGACGAGCCACUGCAGCAUUUCAUAGCUCUUGCUGAUCAACUAGAGGCGAACAAACUAACGCCGGCCACACGUGAUCUAAUAUCGAUGUUUCAAAACAUCUUGCGCGGAAAUCAUGAGCCGUUGAGAAAUCUUGCGCUUAACUUCCAUAAACAGAAUAACAAGCUAGCAGCUCUCAUUUGCCUGGAUCAUAUAUUCUCUCGGACCACAGAUAUUCGAGCUUUCACGGUCGAUGAAAUGCAACAGUUUCUUCAACAAUUUCACACCUAUGCGCGACUGCUCUAUCUGAUUUUGACCUUCCCUGAUCCCAUGAAGCAUAGGGAUAUUCAGAGACUGUUCUCCAUCGUGCGGUUAUCCGGUGACCAGUUUCUCAUACCAGGUGGAACGUUCCUCCACAACAACUUGAUGGAAGUCCGCCAGGGGAUCACUUGGAUAUCGGAACAUUCGUCUGGGUACACAACUUCUCGUAGAGUCGUCACUCAGCUGCUACAACAAUCCAUUCGAACGAUCUUGAAGGACAAAAUAACGGAGAUCAAUGCUAUGUGUUGCAAAUCUCCCGUUUUCUCGCAAUGCCUGCAAUUCUUGAUAUCCGGAGCAUGUCGAAGAGAUAACUGUCCCAAAGAGCAUGUUGCAGUAUCGAAAUUGGAUCGCCAGUAUCACGACAACCGUAUUGCUAUCCACAUCUGGCAGAUCCUGAUCUUGCAAUUCAUGCAUUCCGCUCACCCACACAUUGAGCGACGCAAAAGCAUGCAGAAUUGGCUCAAGCAUCUUUACGAGAUUAACAAUCCACCCUUCUUCAUUCAAGGUUCCCCCGCGGAUCUCGACAUGAACCUGAUGCCUCUUCGUCGAGAUGGCAUGAAAGUCGGGAAGCUCUGGAUCCGUGAAUCCUUCUACUCGCUCGACCCAUUGCAUACUCAGGCUGAAUUUUUGACGGUGUUGAUGGGAAUGACCAGUCUCAGUUUUGCUUUUGACAAGGACGACGCACCUGUCUACAUCUCUCGAGCAAAGUGUACGAUCUCCGGACCGUUCGAACUCGUUCGCAAGUGGGACAAACGCUACAUGGCUCAUGACCUGCUCAAUUCUUACCAAGGAGCUGCUCACAGCAGCAUCUCAUCGGGGAUUCUGUAUAUUCUGCAUGUCCUCGAUAAUCGUUUAUAUGUCAACCUCUCGGUGUUGUGCGACUGUAUUGAGGACAUCUGCAGUGCUUUUGUAAUCAACUAUCGAAUGGGCCCGGACUUCAAUGAGUUUCCUCUUCACAACGUCGUCCUUCCGUGUAACUGGCUACUAUUUCCCCACAAAUUCACUGCGAAGAAAAAAACCAACCUACUUUUGAUGAACAAGCUUCUGGAUGAGAUAGCGAGGCUAGUCGAAGCAUUGCGCGUAGAAGCAAGCAUGGAUUUUCUCUGGCUGAAUCAUACGAGAUUUACGCCCAUUCUCCGCAAUUUUUUCAUUUCUCGGAUCUGCAGGGUUCUCUGCCUCAGUACGUCUAUUGUCUUUUUUCAAUACUCAUCCGCUGCUGAAUUGUAUUCAUUAGUUGCUCAUAACAUCAGCAAUCGCACCUUGAGAAACACAGUAGACAAUAUCAUUCUUUCUCUGCACAGAAACGACCCUCCUUCGAAUGUGCAUCCAGUUAAUUAUCGGAAACUCGUGGAUGACGUGGUCAGGUGCAUAAUACCCUUGCCAGGAUGUACGCCACUUCCAGACGGUUAUCUGCGAGCUCUCCUGGCUUUCGACGACAAUAAAGGAGUAGGAAACCUGGUGCAUCUUGUCCACAAAACGAUGAACCAACAUACUCGAGUCAAUACUAGUAUAGGCCGACGGCUCGCAUACGAGAAGACCAUCGAGAUCCCCCAUCUCCUUUCAUCGUGUGCAGCGAUCGCGCAGUCUACCCUGAGAGUAGAGGCCCCUGCCCCCGUACGUCGCUUAGGACAUCCCAAAGACCAACCAGAGGUUAUGCAGUAUGAUGAGAAAGAGAUAAAGGAACCGCGACCCCAAGAGUUCGAAGGAGAAGAAGAAAGGGCGGAAGAUGUCACGGCGAAUGCUGAUACCGAGACCCGUGAUGCAUCGGAGACUUUGGAUGAAGCGGUGACAUUUAUUGCACCUGACCUUGACGAGUCGCUACGCACCAACGGACCAUCGGUGGAGGAAGAAGAGGCGGCUUGCAAAAUUCAGAACGCAUACCGUCGUUACGUCAGACGCCGCUCGAGUCGUGCAGUCAAUGCCGAAAUCAAUGGGAUAUUCAUGGCAUGCCUGAAGCAGACGCAGUCCCCUGAAUGGCGUCCUAGUUAUUACAGCCUGCUUUUCCUUGGACCGUUGCCUCACCUCCUGGUGUGCUUGGAACGAGGCAUUACUCUGACUCACACUGCCAAAAUGAAGACGAAAGUCCUUUUCAAAAAGGAGUCUCAUGAAAAGCUCGAGGAGUUGGGCCAGCAGAUAAGCGAGAUAGCAGCGCUCCUCAAGAAGGGAUUCAGAUUACGCAAGCAGCUGGAACCUUCCUCAUCCGCUCAUCGUGCCCGUGACAUUGAUGCACUCAGAUCUGGAGUUCUAGAGGUCGAGGAAUUCAUGCAGGGGGUCCCCAGCAGCAUGAAAGAUAUGCGAUCCGACUUUCAAAUUGCCUAUAAGGGCAUUGUCGCAAAGAAGGUUCAUGCAGGAGAGAAAGAGAAGCCCACUCUCAACGUUUAGGGUAUGAACGUUUGUUGAUUUUAUUCACGUUGUGGAGUCGAGAUCGUCUAUCAUAUUGUACAGUACGUAUUUCCGUAAAUCAAUGCAUGUGUGCGCGAGAACGAUCAAAAACGGGCACAGCUGGGGUGAUCUAAAGGCUGUGACUUUAUGGUUCGUUAGAGUAGUUCUCCAGCAAUCUCACAUCUCCUGAAUGUACUCUGCACCUCUGUUGCUCGUCCUCAAACCUUUUGGUCUAGAACAUAAUCAUA